GGUUGAUGAAAGCAGGACGGACGAGUCAUGGACAUCUAGACUAUAUACCACCAUUAUAUAAUCAAACUACACCUGGAUCCCCGCUUGCCUUAGCCACAGUAUGGCUUAGUAUGUUGUCGAUGCGAAUAACGUGUGAACGAACUAAUACGCAGGAACACCAUGCCGGAGAAACUCGUCAGCUAGCAAAAGUUAUCCGAGCCGUUCAGGAUGCUAUCGCCGACCCUGCUAGAAGCGUUGAUAUUGAGACAUUAGCAGCAGUUGUAAUUAUUGGAUAUGGUGAGCAUUUGAGGAGUACGACGGAGAGUUCGUCGUCGCAGCCGGAAGCGGCCUUGAAAACAUUCGUGAUUCAUCAAGCCGGUGCAGAGGCCCUCAUCCGGAAACGCGGCGGAUUGAAUUUCCAGGAUUAUCCCUCACUCGCUCUAUUUGAUGCUGUCCGACAUAACGCUGUUAGCCUUGCUAUUACAGGGGCUAGGAGACACGCGUUCUUAUCCUGGGACUUGUGGUAUAUCACAGAUAUCAAUGUUCGUCAUCUCUGUGAUUCAUACACACCCGCAACUAAUCUAGAUGCUUAUGGUGUGAAAAUAAUUGUCUUACAAUCCCGAAUUGCAAAACUCAAAAAUAAAUCAAUGGAUGAAAUCAAUCAUAUAAAAGUGGAUCUGCUGGAUCUUCUCGAGCGUUUGCGCUCCUGGAAAAUCCAUAUUUCGGAGGACUGGGUAUUUACUGGAAUGGCAACAGAUGGAACAUUGGAGCAAGUACACAUGUCUCCAGAGAUGUGCUAUUUGUUGAAUGAAUGGUACUUCCAUCAGUUGCGUGCCAGCCACCUUCUAAAACAACUCAAUAAGAAAUUAAAUACAACCGAGGUUAGCACUCAAAGCUUUUGUUGCGAGAUGGAGUGGAUAGACGAUGUGAUCGCAUCUUCCCACCAAUUUUUGAGUAAUUCGCCACAUUUAACCCUUAAUAUUCCUUUGUCAAAGAAAGCUGGGUGUUUGAGUUCUAUUCAGCCAAGUGGUGCGUCAUGGAUUGGCUCACGUCUUUUCGGUCAGACGCUCUAUCAAUUGGAUAUUAUUUUAUCUGAUGCAUUACGGUGCUUGUUCUUGCCUCAAGUGAUAGAAUCGAGAUAUCGUGAGGUUAUGAACUGGGCACGAGGACAAAGAAGGAUGUGUGUCAACGUACCAGUCAUUUGA